UUAAAAUUCAAAACGUUUAUUUCAAGUAAACUAAUAUGUUAAAAAAGGUGUGCAUAUAAAUACUGCUAUAAUUUUUUUGUAUAAAUAUAUGUAUUUGUAUGUGAAGAUAUUUGUAUAAGAAGUAACUUUCUAUUUUGUGUGAGACCUUUAAAAGUGUCCGUAAGAAAAAAAAGUGUCCGUCAGAACUGAGUUUAACAGUUCAAAGGUCAAUUCAAAGAAGACGCGAUAUUUCUUUCAUCUAUUUCUUCUUGUGACAUAAAAGUUUAUUUUUUCAGUCCUACGUUUUUCAACUUAGUAGAAUGUUCAAACAGAUUGGUUAUAAAAAACAGCAAAACAGGUAUUCAAUCUCUUUCAGAAAAUUUAUUUUCACGCAAGAAACCACUUAGUAAAAUUCAACAUUUUUUUUAAAAAGAUGCAAACAACUUAACUUUAGUAUUAUAUGGAAUGUCGGAUGUCUAUACACAUGUCGGAUGAUUAUACACAUAUUGCAAGAAAUUAUUGUGAAAUAUCUUAUAACUUAUAUAAAAAUAUUUUUUGGAUUGAUGCAGCAUUUGGAAUGUUACAAACCUCAAUGAGAAACAAAUGUCAAGUAUUAGGAUUAGAGGUUCAUGAUUCGAAAGGAGAUUAUUUUAAUACAAAAUUGAUUAUUGAAGAAGUUCACAACUAUUAUAAAAAUGAAAAGACUUUGUAUAUUUUUGACAAUGUCGACGAUGAAAGUGUUAAAAAUUUGCCAAUGUACAUUUCAAGAUAACCGAAUUCAUUAACGUUGAUAACUUCCUAAUCGAGAACAUGGUCAAAUAAUGUAAAAAAAGUGCAAGUUAAUGUUUCUUUAAUUUUAUUUUUUACAUAAGCGAACGCUUCUGAAGAAGCAUUUGCUUAUGAAAAAAUAAAAUUAAAGAAAACAGCGACGAAAAAAUAACAAACUUAAUUACAGAACUUGGUUAUCAUCCGUUUGCAAUUAGUCAGGCAAUAAAAUAUAUAAAUAUACAUAAAAUUUCGAUUAAAAAAAUACAUAGAUUGAUAUAGAUCGAAACCAUCAGAAAUAUUAGAUGAUAAUAACUUUCGAACCGAAGUAGAAUCAAAGUCUGCAAUAAACGCAAUUAACUUAGUUUUAAUAAAAUUAGAAAAAACUAAACCAUCAGUUUAUAAUUUAUAACACAAAUGUAAAAUCAAAUGGAAACAAACGAUGAAUCUUAAAUAGAUGAAGCAAUUAGAUUACUAAUGAAAAAAUAUACAAUACACGAAUUGACACAGUUAGCACAUAAAUGUUUUCGAAAGAGGAAUUCAAAUACAAACACAUACCUUGAUUUAAUUGAAAGUGAUUUUAAAGUUGAAUUGAAUAAAGUAAAUUAUCACAUGGAUUUCGGAAAUCAUUUUAUUUUUCAUUUUAUCUAUAUGUUUCGUACUAACGGAAAAAAAUUUUCGGAAGCCUUCCAUCGUAUGACGACUUCUAUACAAAAGUUAUUCAUAUGUAAAAGUUUAUUUGAAGAAACAAUUAAAAUAUUAAAAGCUGUUCAAAGUUUUAAUACAGAAACUCAUGGUAAAAAUAACAUAAUGACGCUUGUUACAAAGCAUAAUAUCGCAAACUGUUUGAAUAAUAUUGGAAAAUAUAACAAAGCUGUAGAAAUUUAUUAUUCUGUUGAUAAAAUAAAAACUGAAAUGCUAGGUAUUAACCAUCCUUCUACAAUAACAACAAAACAUAAUAUUGCACUCUGUUUGAACAAUAUGGGAAAAUUUAACGAAGCUUUGGAAAUUUAUUAUUUUGUUAACAAAACAAAAAAUGAAAUUUUAGGUAUCAACCACCCGUCUUCAAUGACAACAAAACAUAAUAUCGCACUCUGUUUCAACAAUAUGGGAAAAUUUAACGAAGCUUUAGAAAUUUAUUAUUUUGUUGAUAAAAUAGGAACUGAAGUUUUAGGUAUCAACCAUCCGUCUACAAUAGCAACAAAACAUAAUAUCGCACUCUGCUUCAAAAAUAUGGGAAAAUAUAACGAAGCUUUAGAAAUUUAUUAUUCUGUUGAUAAAAUAAGAACUAAAGUUUUAGGUAUCAACCAUCCGCCUACAAUGACAGCAAAACAUAAUAUCGCAGGCUGUUUGUUCAGUAUGUGAAAAUAUAACGAAGCUUUAGAAAUUUAUUAUUCGGUUUAUAGAAAACAAACUGAAAUUUUAGGUAUUAACCAUCCAGAUACAAUGACAACAAAACAUAAUAUCGCAGGCUGUUUGACCGAAAUUUGAAAAUAUAACGAAGCAUUAGAAGUUUAUUAUUCUGUUGAUAAAAUACGAACUGAAAUUUUAAAUAUUAACCAUCUUUCUACAAUGGCAACAAAACAUAAUAUCGCACUCUGUUUGAACAAUAUGGGGAAAUAUAACGAAGCUUUAGAAAUUUAUUAUUCUGUUGAUAAA